AUCUAUGUUGUCAUUUCAAUGAACGUUUGUCACUAAACUGUUAAGACAUUAAACACUUAUUAUGUAUGUUUUAAUUAAACAUGACGCGGCGUUUGUUUAUUUUGCCAGUGCAAAGCCUCUGAAAUUUGGUGACGUUUGAAUUUCCCUGCAGAAAUGGAAGCUUCGUGGCGCCAUAUUUGAUAUUAUAAACUUACAUCCUGAAAUAUUUUUUGGUAAUUUGGCGAAAAAGAAGUCUUUCAUUUUGACAUUAAGUUAAAAGCUUCCAAAGAUGAUAGACAUGUAAAAGUUUUGGCAGUUGACUCAGUUACUGGAGCUGUUUUGACAAGUGUUCACCAUUCUGAUGGCUCAUCUGCAGCAGAUUCCAUUGAUGGAAAUUUACCAUUAGAUACAGACACAUUUGAACAGAAGCAAAAUAAUUCAUUACAGAUGAAUAUAGGUGAUGAUGUGAUUGAUGAAAUAUCUCCAGUCAUAUCUUCCACAAAUGAUACAGUUACCGGUGACAGUGUAGUGCAGCUUAACCCUCAUCAAUUUCAAGAAAUAGUAGCAAGCUCAACUUUGAAUUUAGCUAGUCCACAAGUGAUAGUAGUGGAUGCUAAUAAUAGAAAUUCAUUACUUGGAAAAAGACCUAUAUCUGGCAAUGGUAAUCAGCCAUCUGUAACAAACAAAAUUAUAAUAACCAAACUUCCAAAUUCUAGUCAAGUGCAAACAGUGAUAGCUUCACAGAGUGCUAAUAUUUUACAAGGAACGAGUGUAGUUUCAACCAAUCCUCAUACACCAACCAAAACAAUUACUCUUUCUCAGCAUGGAAUUGUAUCACCGCUGAAAGGUGUGAGUAUGGCUCAGGUUGCAGGAGCACCAAAAGUUCCCAUCAGCAAGCUUCCUCUAUCACCAGCAAAAACUCCAACCAAGAUAACGAUGAUUCCACGCUCUCCUCAGCGCAUAGCUCCAGCCAACAUUGCCCAGACACUUCUGAACAAUAACAGCGUUGGCUCAUCAUCUUCAACCAUAACACUCUCUCCAUCAAAAAUUAUAAAACAACCAGGAACGGUAACUGUGAUACAAAAGCCAGUUCAACCCAGCAUAAGUGGGGCGACAGUGGUGACGAUACCGAGACCAGCAUCAGCUCAGGCAGGAGUUCGGCAACCAGUGGCAGCAGGAAAUAAGUUCCACUACAUUCGCCUUGCUAAUCCUGCGAGCUCAGCACCAGUGGCACGAGGACAGCUGAUUGCAGUAACAGCUGGAACUAGCGGACAACCGGGAGCUCAGCCAAUGAAGAUCACCUUGCCUGCACACUCAGUGCCUCAACUGGUGACAUCUCGACCAGGAGGUACAGCAUUACAGCGGAUCAUUCUGCCUGCAGCACCGAAUCAGGUCUCCAUUAGGCCUGCACCAGGCAACACUCUUCCAGGGGCCCAGCUCAUCCGAACCACGUUGGCACCAACAGGUACUGGUUUACAGCAGAUAUCUACGGGUGGAGCUACUACAUUUUUGUCUACCGGAAGCACGGGGCCCCAGGGUGUGCAGGGUUUCGCUCUUGUCCCAGCAUCCUACCUCUCACAGUUACAAGGGCAGCUACAGCUGAAGCCAGCCACUGUGGCCACACCCCCUGCCUCUCAGACACUGGCAAAUCAGGCAUCCUCACGGCUCGAGAAGUCCUCCUCAGCAAGCUACCAACCAAUAGCUCCCUCUGGGCAGACUAAGACACAAGUGCCGUCAGCGGAUGCAAGUGGUGGUGCCAGACAGAGGAAGCCAUGUAAUUGUACCAAAUCUCAGUGCUUAAAACUGUAUUGUGAUUGUUUUGCUAAUGGAGAGUUUUGUCACAACUGUAACUGUAACAACUGUGCCAACAAUCUUGACCAUGAGGAGGACCGGUCACGAGCCAUCAAACAGUGCCUUGAGAGAAACCCCCUCGCCUUCCACCCUAAAAUAGGCAAGGGUAGAGCUGGCGAGAAGGACCGUCGACAUAACAAAGGUUGUAACUGCAAACGCUCUGGAUGUCUAAAGAACUACUGUGAAUGUUAUGAGGCAAAGAUCAUGUGUAACUCCUCGUGUAAAUGUGUUGGGUGUAAGAACUUUGAAGAAAGCCCCGAGCGGAAGACGUUGAUGCACCUGGCGGAUGCGGCAGAGGUGCGUGUGCAGCAGCAGACUGCAGCCAAGUCAAAACUGUCGUCCCAGAUCUCUGACCUCCCCACACGACCACCACCCUCCGGCUCAGGAGAGAGAUUGCCAUUCUCGUUUGUGACGUCUGAGGUGGUGGAGGCGACCUGCGCAUGCCUCCUGGCCCAGGCAGAGGAAGGCGAGCGCCAGAAGAUGCCCCAUGUUGUCCAGGAACGCAUGGUCAUUGAGGAGUUUGGAAGAUGCCUCCUGCAGAUCAUAGAGUCAGCAAACCGGACCAAAGCACCAGACCCAGAUGACACUGGUUGACAGUCUUAUCACAGUCUGAUGUUCAUCACCAUAGGCAGCUUUCUGUGAACUGUUGAGCUUUCCCCUCUUCCUCGUCUGUCACCGCACAGCAAUCGCUCAUCUGUGUGUAUGAAAGGGGCCAGCUGCUAGCUUCGUUCAGGGAACACAACGUACAUAGGCCGAGUUGCAACAAACUGCGCAACAAGAGCCCAUGUGUAGCUCUAGUUGUGAGGGCCGGGCUGGUUUUCCCUUGCCUCAACCCAUCUUUAUACACCGGGGACACAACACUUUUCAUUGUGUUUAAUAAUUGAACAUGCUCAUUAUUGAAGACAUAUAUGUAACUUAUUUAAAUUUUUGUAUACACAAUUAUAUUAUCUGGAAAUCCAUUAAGAGUUUUAUCAUUAUUAUAUUCUAGCAGUUGACUUGAAAGGAAUAUAGAACUGUAAAAAUAGUGUAAUAUCACUAUUAUGAUUUAUGUUAAAAGUGCUAUUUCCUUUACAAUAUUGUUCCUAUUUCAUUUUUUUUUUUUUUUGUGAAGACAUAGUCUUUAAAUCCUGUGCAAUGUAUGGCUAAAAUAGUUCUGCUACAUUUUUCAGCUUACACAUUUUGGUUGUGUGGCACAAAGUUGACUUUUAUGGCAAAUAGAGAAAUGUGUGUAUUUACUGUUUAUGGUGCACCUCAGUUGCAAAGAUAUAUUGAAAUAUUUAAAUUCAUUUUUAGAACAAAAAAGAAGAAUACUAUAUCUUGCUUAUAUAUCAAGGAUAUGGAUCAGAUUAUAGUCUACUGUGAUCUUUCUAAGAGUAUAGAGCUUGAGUUUAACAAGUCCUGAUUUCAGUAGCCACGGCAGAUAUCAAAGUACCCCUCUGCAUUCUUGAGUUUUUCGAAAUAAAUUUUAUUCACUAAAAGGCCUCCAGCCCAUAAUACAUGUUACAAUGCAAAUCAAAUAUAACAAAAUACAUAUAUGUAACUAAAUAAGACAUGUUUUAGUAUUAAAAAGCUGUUUUAUUAAGUGAAAUUCAAUUCAAGGCCUUUGUUUGACUAUUUGCAAAUAUUAUACCUUACAUAAAUGUGUCCUUUCUGUGUAUAUAUAAAAUCGAUCGAUCCGUAUAUCACUGUAUUUUGAUUAAAAUCCAGUUUUAUGACGUCAGCGGUCCAUAUCAUAUUUUUGGCCGGUCCGGACCUCGCCAAAAUGUAAUAUGGACCGCUGAGGUCAUACAACUGGAACGCGUGACCUGCUUUUGUCACAACGGCAAAAAUUGUCGCAACAUAAGCUAUGUACAAUAAAUCACAUCCAAAGUGCUUUAAAAUUAACGAAUGGUUAUAUAAAAUGUUCGGUAUAAUAUAAGAAAUAUUUACACACCACUUCGGGCCAUAUGGCAUUAUAAGUACCGGCCAGUCAGCCCCGAAGGUGAAUGGACCUCGGCUUACGCCUCGGUCCAUAUACACCUUCGUUGGCAGACUGACCGGUCCUUAUAAUGUCAUAUGACCCUCAGUUGUGUGUAAUAUUUCUUAAUAAGGUUAUGUACACUCUUUCAUUAACAAAACAGCAUAAACAGGCAAUUUGAUAUUUUUUCCUACUCAGUGCUAUUCUUCCAAUACGGCUUCUGAAAUGUCAAGCUGGCCGUCUUUGGACAGCUUAAAUUUUAUGUAUGCAAAGGUUUUGAGUGACCUUGUGAAUAAACUUACCGGUACCCCUGAUACCUACCUUUACUUUCAUCUAUAAAUUUUUAAUCAGAGCAUUCUCAUAUGUACUAAAUUGUAUUUAAAUAGUACUCUAUUUUAAAGUUUAUGACUUAAUAAUUAUCCAUAACAUACAUUCAGUUGUGGAAUAAUUUGUAAGCUCAUGUAUUAAGUUGUUAAUUUGAUACUUCAUGGGGACAGUCGAUUGUUUUGGAGAACUUGGAUAUAAGGUGUAUUGUUAUAUGCACCUAGAUAAUAAUAAAACCAUAUUGCUCAGUAGUUAAUACAUAACAUUUUACGAAUAAAUGUACAUGUAUAUCAUUGUUCUUAUGCAUUCUGUACUUUUCAAUGUAGAAGCUGGCUUUACAGGUUAAUGAUUGUUGUAGGUGAUUGUUAUGACUGUGUUUGAUGUGCAAUAUGGUUCGUGUUGACUGCUGUUAUGGGGUUAUUUCUAUCAACAGACUGUCUGAAACUGGAACUCCUUGUUAUGAAAUGAGUUCAAAGCAUACUUUAUUUCAAAGUGAUAUUUAGGAAUAAAACUAAUCAUUAUAAUGUGAAUUAUUAUUUACUGUUUGACACAAUUAUAUACUUGUUUUUUAAUUGACACUGUCGUCUAGUAGAAUCUUUACACCCAAUAGAGCUAAUGGUUGAUAUGCACAAAGUGUGUAAAGAAAGUGAAAACUAAAUGACUUCAGUUUUAUAACAAUUAAAGUUAAGAGAAUGCAGACUCUUCCAUACACUCUUUGUUUAGGUCUCAUUGCUUGCCAGGGGUAUUUUUUAUAUAAACACUUAAUUGGUCAUUUACCGGUACCACUUCAACUAAUCUGUAAUUUGAAACUUUUUACUCGCAUGAAAUUAAACUUACUAGAUCAAGACAAUACUCACCUUUCUACUAAUGCCCUUAUCUCUGACUUUACUGUUUAGUUUUUCUUUGUAAUUUUUUGGUCAUGCUUUUUGUUUUAAAGUGGAAAAAAGAC